GCAGCUAAACUUAGCCGUCUGACAGUAGCCCUCCUCAUCACAACAGACUGUUCACAGCACUGGGUUACAAUGGACGGUGUCGCGUUACCACAGGUGCUGCUGUAUCUCACCACUGUCGCCGGCCAAACAAGAUGUAGACUUAAAGACUCUUGCACUUGUAUUCCUCUCUGUCACGAUGGGCAACUAUAGCUCUGCCCUCAUUCCUGUCACGGAAGAGUUUGACUCGGUGGUGUCGAUGGCAGAGAGGCUGAAUGAGCAGGUAGCACUCAUGAUGGAGGAGGAAGAAAAACAAAAGCAGAGCCAAGAAAUUGAUUCUUCAUCACUUCAAGAAAACUCUCAGGAAAUGAGCCAAAAUGGGCCUUCCCUGCCUGCAGCAGCACCCACAAGUGUGUCUACCCAGUCCUUCACCUCCCUGUUACCAAAGGCUCUCUCUGCUGUGCUCUAUCCGACGGGCCGUAGCUCCGACCCCCAGCAGAGCAGAAGUCCAGCGAGCCUGGAGCAAGUGCAGAGCGAGCUGAGAGAGCUGAGGGACCAGUUUCAUCAGAUGAAGAGACAGCACAACAAUGAAAUUAAACUGCUAAUGAGCGAGCUCGAUGAAGAGAAGAGGAUUCGCUUGACUAUACAGAUGGAAAUGCAACGUAUGAAGAAGCACAUGUCUAAAUGAGCGGAGAACUUCACCUUCAUCAAAGACGAGUUAUAAAGGUCCCUCAAAUCUGAUAAAUGAUAUUUUUCUAAGUUUGAAAAACUCCUUGCUCUUUUUUGUUGAAAAAUAUUAUUAUUGUUUUUGUAUUAUUUCUCUUCGGUGGUCAUUUGACCAACUUUUUUGUUGAACUGGCCUGAAGGACUGAAUGUUUUUGAGUAAUUGCCUAAAGUUCACAUUGAGAGCAGACUUGAGGUGAGAGGAGUGUCUGUUAUUAUAUCUCUGGAAAUGAGCAGUGCACGGCCCUGGGAUACACUCAGUUUGAUUUAUUUACUUCUUUAAUGACUAGAGUGUGUUGAGGUAAAGCAAUGUGUCUCCUAUGACUGUGGACUAUUGGCCUGAAAGUGUUGCAAUAUUGUUUAUGUUACAACCGUGUGGAAAACAGAGAAACAGAGAGGGGAAAAUAAAAUGAGUGCCAGUAGUACAUUAAAUAUAUCUUAUAAAAUGUGAAGGAGACACAAACACAAAGCUUCUAUUGUAUAUAAGGUGCAUGUAAUUUAAUAAAUAACUUUUGACUGAAGUCAUUGAAUAGUGUUUUGUAUUUGUGAAUUCAAUAA